UCUCUCUCCCCUUCCUAUAAAUACCGUCAGCUCUCCCCUUUCCUCACCUUUCUCUCCUCACCAAAAAACACCAACACCUUUCUCCACUACUGUCUUCACUAGUAGGGUUUUUCAAUUCCUCCUUUAUAAGCUUCCGUAUAAAUACAGUUACGCAUACGUACUGUUUUCCGUAUAUUAUCUACUUCUACAGUGACAAUGGACGCUUAUUCCCUGCAUCUUGCAAUGGCGGCACUCUUUGGCGCCUCCUUUGUGGCCGUUUCGGCCUACUAUAUGCACAGGAAAACCCUAAACCAGUUGCUCGAGUUUGCCAAGGCCGUAGAGAGGGAUAGACACGAUGUAGCGGCCGCGGAGGACGGCGCCGACGCGGUGGACCACCUUAGACACUACAACUCGAGGAGACGGAGGAAGAGCAACGGCGGAUAUUACCGCCGCGGUUCUGCGUCCUUGCCGGAUGUGACCACGUUUUCCGGCGGCGGCGAGGCGGAGGAGAAGAGGAAUGGUCCUCUGCAUGUGGAUACUAUUCCGCCAGGGCUGCCAAGGCUUCACACCCUUCCUCAAGGAAAAUCUGGUAAUGUGAACGCAGCAACCAGGGCUGGAAAUCUUCGGCCCACCUCUCCUAAAUCACCUGUUGCUAGUGCAAGUGCAUUUGAAAGUCUAGAAGGUUCAGAUGAUGAAGAUAAUAUGACAGAUAGUUCUAAGCUAGAUGCUACAUAUCUUCAAACUAAUGGCAAUGCGGAUGUCCCUGACCAUAUUAAUGCAACUGGUGAAACAAUUCCCAUGGCUGCAUCAAGCAUGAUUCGCUCGCAUAGUGCAUCUGGUGACCUGCAUGGUGUUCAGCCUGAUCCUGUAGCCGCAGAUAUUUUAAGGAAAGAACCGGAGCAAGAGACUUUUGUACGAUUGAGAAUUUCCCCAACUGAGAUACCAUCUCCGGAUGAAGUGGAGGUCUACCUUGCGCUGCAAGAUUGCCUUGAAAUGAGGAAAAGUUAUAUUUUUAGAGAAGCUGUUGCUCCAUGGGAAAAGGAAAUUAUCUCUGAUCCUAGUACUCCAAAGCCGAUCCAAAAUCCAUUUGAUCAUUUUCCUGAGGGUAAAUCAGAUCACUACUUUCAGAUGGAAGAUGGAGUUGUUCAUGUCUAUGCAAACAAAGAUUCAAAAGAGAAACUUUUUCCUGUAGCUGAUGCUACAACUUUUUUCACUGACCUGCAUCAUAUCCUUAAGGUUAUAGCAGCUGGGAAUAUUCGAACUCUAUGCCACCAUAGGCUAGUUCUUCUCGAACAGAAAUUCAACCUUCAUCUGAUGCUUAAUGCGGACAGGGAGUUCCUGGCUCAGAAAAGUGCGCCACAUAGAGAUUUUUAUAAUGUUAGGAAAGUCGACACACAUGUACAUCAUUCAGCUUGCAUGAAUCAGAAACAUCUCUUAAGGUUUAUAAAAUCGAAGUUGCGGAAGGAACCGGACGAGGUUGUUAUAUUCAGAGAUGGGACAUAUCUGACCUUGAAGGAAGUGUUUGAGAGCUUGGAUUUAACUGGGUAUGAUCUGAAUGUCGACCUAUUAGAUGUUCAUGCUGAUAAAAGCACCUUUCAUCGCUUUGACAAAUUUAAUUUGAAGUAUAAUCCCUGUGGCCAGAGUAGAUUGAGAGAGAUCUUCCUGAAGCAGGAUAAUCUCAUACAGGGUCGUUUCCUUGCCGAAUUGACUAAGCAAGUGUUUUCAGAUCUGGCUGCAAGUAAAUAUCAAAUGGCUGAAUAUCGAAUAUCGAUAUAUGGUAGAAAGAUGAGUGAGUGGGACCAACUGGCGAGUUGGAUAGUAAAUAAUGACUUGUACAGUGAGAAUGUCGUAUGGCUGAUUCAGCUUCCAAGACUCUACAAUGUGUACAAGGAGAUGGGAAUUGUGACCUCAUUUCAGAACAUCCUUGAUAACAUCUUUCUGCCUUUAUUUGAGGUUACUGUCGAUCCUGAUUCACAUCCACAGUUGCAUGUUUUCUUAAAGCAGGUUGUUGGACUGGAUCUUGUGGAUGACGAAAGCAAGCCUGAACGACGGCCAACAAAACACAUGCCUACACCGGCUCAAUGGACCAAUAUAUUUAAUCCUGCAUUUUCCUACUAUGCAUACUAUUGCUAUGCUAACCUUUAUACAUUAAACAAGCUUCGUGAGUCCAAAGGUAUGACGACCAUUAAGUUCCGGCCCCAUUCUGGAGAGGCUGGUGACAUUGACCAUCUUGCGGCAACGUUUCUCACGGCUCACAAUAUCGCACACGGGAUCAAUCUUAGAAAAUCUCCUGUUCUUCAAUAUUUAUACUACCUAGCCCAGAUUGGCCUUGCUAUGUCUCCUUUGAGCAACAACUCUUUAUUCUUAGACUACCAUCGUAAUCCUUUUCCUAUGUUUUUUCUUCGGGGCCUCAAUGUAUCUCUCUCAACUGAUGAUCCAUUACAAAUUCACUUAACAAAAGAGCCACUGGUCGAAGAAUACAGUAUAGCUGCUUCAGUAUGGAAGUUAAGUUCCUGCGAUUUAUGUGAGAUUGCUCGUAACUCAGUCUAUCAGUCUGGUUUUUCACAUGCUUUAAAGUCCCAUUGGAUUGGCAAGGGGUACUACAAGCGCGGACCAGAUGGAAAUGACAUUCACAAGACAAAUGUACCUCAUAUAAGGCUCGAAUUUCGUGACAUGAUAUGGAGAGAGGAACUGCAGCAAGUCUAUCUGGGCAAAGCUAACUUCCCCAAGUUCAUUGACCCAUGAUCCACUUGGCUAAUCUGCAGACCUGUGUAUUAGCGCCUGCUUCACCUCCAGGGAACAGACAACCUGUAUUAUUACUUGCCAAUAGGCACUGCCUGACAUCAGAACAGCUGUUAUAUUAGGUGAUUUUGGCAAAGAUAUGUGAUGAAAAUGAAGGAUUUGGAUUAUCCAUCAACAAAGAAUAUGGUUUGGUUGUCUGAUUGCCAGACAAGGGGGUAUCUAGAUCCCAAUACAACCUGCAGCUGCAGCAGAAGUUUACCUUCUUUCCACGGUAUACUGUUCAUUUUGAUGUAAUAUAUAGUUCAGUCAUGUCUGCCACAACGUUUCAACCAGUUACCCUAAGUUUAUAGCAUGUAGUGCUUUAUAGGACUCGGUUACCUUAUGCCUGCCAAGAAACGAAAGAAAAAACAGUUGAAUGACUGUUUAUUUACAUUGCUGGUCACCUGUUCGAAAGGGAAUUAGGGUGACAAAGUAAUUAAUAAACAGCGGCAUCCUUAAUAUUUUCGUGGUUGAUCUUGCAUAUGAAGAACAGUUCUUUGAGUUGAUUAUUUACGUUUAGUUCUGUGGUGUGCAAACAUU